UUCUUAUCCAUUCUGUGAACGUUCAAAAAUUUAAUAUUUUCUUAUAUAACUUUUUUCCUAAAUAUUUUACUUCUACUUUAUAAUAAAGUUAAAUAUUUCAUACUUUGUUAGUUUCUUCAACAGAAAAAAACAAGUGUUAGAUUAAAAUAAUGAUUAAUACUCGUAUAUUUUUAUAUCGCAGUUCAAAAUAUUUUAAUUUUUAUUUAAAACCAAUUCAUAUUAAAAUAUUUCCAAAGGAAUGCGUUCGGUUAUACAGCCACAUUGAAAACAUUAGUAAACAUGGAGCAUUUGCAGAUUUUUAUGAGAAAACUAAACUAAAUAAUGUAGUUAAAGAUAUUGAUGAAGAUUUUGAAACACUGCUUCGAAAUUCAAAUUUUAUAAAUUUAGGAGAUCCAGAGGGUAAAAUUGUUAUUGGUACUAUAUUUCAUAUUGUUAAUAAUGACUUAUACAUAGAUUUUGGCUGGAAGUUUCAUUGUGUCUGUCCAAGACCUGUUAAAAAUUUUAAUGAAUAUGUAAGAGGUUCUCAGGUCAGAUUAAAAAUCAAAACCUUAGAAUUAGCUACUAGAUUUUUAGGUUCAGAGAAAGAUUUAACUUUACUCGAAGCAGAUGCGACACUUAUUGGUCUAUACAGAAAAAACAAAAAAUAAUAAAAAUGUUUUAUAUUUUGAAUAUUUUGUACGUAUUAGAAAUUUAGUAUUUUAGUAAGUUUAUAUAUAUUAUUCUUAAUUGUUUUUUUUUUUUGUAAUUAAAAUUUCAUAAAUACUAUCAGCUAUAAAUAAAUUUUAAUUUGCUCA